AGAUAUGGUUUUGGAGUCACCCAUUUUCUCCAAAAUUGCCUUCAUUUUCCCACUUUUAUCUGCAGUAUAUGCUUCCAGCAUCUCCCCAAUUAUCCCUCCUUCCACUGUCUUCCCCCCUUUAAAACUCCACCAUCGUUAACCUCCAUUUUUCUCUCUCCUCAUAUCAACAAUGGCGUCUUCACUCCCUCCACACACCAGCCAUGUUGCCUCAUCCUCCUCCCACUACAACCGAAAUUCUCUGUCCACCUUCACUGAUCAUCACACUUCCACCUUCCUGCACUUUCGGAAACAUCACCUCUUUUCUCUAUCCUCUUCCCACUCUCUCUCUUCCUCUUCCUCUACCUCCUCCUCUCCUUCCUCUUCUUCGCAGCUACUUACUCGCGUUUCGACGGUGCCGGUGGAGUACGCGCCACCGGCGCCGGAUUUUGAUUUCGACAAGGAAAUUGCUCGGCUAAGAAGCUUGAAGCUGAAGCUUUCAAAAGCAGGGAGUCUUGAGAGGAAGCACCGAGUUAUCGACAGUGAUUCACUAGUUAACCGAUUCUUCAAUUCGAGUCAGAAUGGGUUUGCUAGGGUUUCGGAAUCAGUGGAAUUGGACUCGUUUGAGAUGUAUUUGAUUAAAUGCGUUAUUGCGGCUGGGCAGGAGCAUGUGAUUAACUAUGGAUUUGAAGAAGAUGAGGAGAGAGAUUUUCAGAGUAGUCGGAGUUCGUUGAAGAAUGCAUUGUUUUCGUUGGCGGAGAUGAUAGAGAGUUGGGAUAUUGUAGGUGGCGGUGCAGGGAAUGGUAAGAUGGGGAUGAGUAAAUUAAUGGAGGAGGAAAUUGCAGCUUUGAAGAAGCUGUUGAAGACGUUGGCAGAAAUGGAAAGGUUUUAUGAUUGUAUUGGUGGAAUUCUUGGAUACCAGUUAACAGUGUUGGAGCUUCUUGCUGAGUCAGUUACAGGGAAAACCAUGAAUAGUUCCCAGCACAUGAAAGAGUCGAUGAAUUGCCAAUUUGUGGAAAUUCAUUCUCCCCAGGGGGUUGACCUUUCAAAAAAUACAGAAUAUGCAUCACAAGCAGCUAUGUGGGGAAUCGAGGGUUUGCCACACCUUGGUGAAAUUUAUCCUCUGGGUGGCUCUGCAGAUAGGCUUGGCUUCGUUGAUCCUGACACAGGGGAAUGUCUUCCUGCGGCUAUGCUCCCUUACUGUGGACGGACUCUGCUGGAAGGACUUAUUAGGGAUCUCCAGGCUAGAGAAUAUCUGCACUUCAAGCUAUUUGGAAAACAAUGCAUCACCCCUGUUGCUAUCAUGACAAGUGCUGCAAAGAAUAACCAUGAACACAUUAGUUUACUUUGUGACAAACUUCAAUGGUUUGGAAGAGGUCAAUCAACAUUUCAACUUUUUGAACAGCCUCUUGUUCCAGCCAUCAGUGCCGAAGAUGGAGAAUGGUUGGUUUCUGAACCAUUCACGCCAGUUUGCAAACCUGGAGGUCAUGGGGUAAUAUGGAAGCUUGCUUAUGACAAGGGCGUCUUCCAAUGGUUUCACAAUCAUGGACGGAGAGGUGCAACUGUUCGGCAAGUCAGUAAUGUUGUGGCUGCAACAGAUUCUACCCUACUGGCAUUGGCAGGAGUUGGUUUGCACCAAGGAAAGAAACUAGGCUUUGCAUCUUGUCAGAGGACUGCUGGGGCUACUGAAGGUAUUAAUGUUCUCGUUGAAAAGAAGGAAAUAAGUGGCAAGUGGGCUUAUGGUUUUUCAUGCAUUGAGUACACUGAGUUUGACAAAUUUGGAAUUCCAGGGGCUUCUUCAUCAAAGAGCUUGCUAGCAGAGUUCCCAGCCAAUACAAACAUUUUAUAUGUUGAUUUGCAUUCUGCGGAGCAAGUCGGAUCACGCAAUGAUGAGAGCAGUUUACCUGGAUUGGUUCUAAAUAUUAAAAAGCAAAUUGAAUAUGUUGACCAUUAUGGCAUCAAGCAUAGUGUUUCUGGUGGAAGGCUGGAAUGCACAAUGCAAAACAUUGCUGACAACUUCUGCAAUACAUAUCCAUCUCGGUAUUAUGGAGUAAAAGAAGAUGUACUGGAUACAUUUAUGGUGUAUAAUGAACGAAGAAGGGUCACCUCAUCUGCCAAGAAAAAAAGAAGGCAGGGUGGCAAGUCGUUUCACCAGACUCCAGAUGGAGCGUUGUUGGACAUCACGAGGAAUGCCUAUGAUCUCCUUUCCUACUGUGAUAUAAAAAUUCCUGAAGUGGGAGGAAAUGAAAAUUACAUUAAAUCUGGUCCACCAUAUCUCAUAUUUUUGCAUCCUGCUUUGGGUCCUCUUUGGGAGGUUUCGAGGCAAAAGUUUCAUGGAGGUUCCAUCUCCAAGGGCUCAGAGUUGCAAAUCGAGGUUGCUGAGUUCUUCUGGAGAAAUGUUCAGCUUGAUGGCAGCAUGAUUAUUGUCGCUGAAAAUGUGAUGGGCGCUAUGAAGACUGAUGAAACUGAGGAACCUCUGUUAGAGUAUGGUCACAGAUGUGCAAGGUGUAAGUUGCAGAAUGUCAGGGUACUGAACAAAGGAAUUGACUGGGAAUCUGGAGGGAAUAUUUACUGGAGGCACGAGGUGCAUCGGAACGAAUCUUUGAAAGUUAUGCUGCAUGGAAAUGCUGAAUUUGAGGCUACUGAUGUUACUAUUGAGGGAAAUCAUGUCUUUGAGGUUCCUAAUGGUUACAGAUUGAAGGUUACAUCCGCAAAUCCAGGUAUAUCGUUGCUAUUAGACCCCAUUGAAGACUCGAAGAAAGAUACUGGAAGCUGGUUUUGGAGUUACAAGAUGGAUGGAGCACAUGUAAAGUUGGAAAUGGUAGACUUAUAAAUCACUAACAGCAUUUUACACUUCCGCUGAUGUGAAUAAUUGUUCACGGAAGAACUUGGGGUGAAGAAUGUUCUGCUUAUCCUCUGAUUGGUUGAACAGAAGUUGAACCUUCACAAGGCAUUCUUUUCUAAUGCGCUGUAAAAGAGAGUAGGAAGCUUGUUGUAGCUCCUUUUCUUCUACUCUCUAUCUCUCUCACACGUUUUCCUUGUUGUAUCCCCCUACUUGUACAUGAUAUGUAAAAUAUCAUUUUUAUAUAUUGUAAAUUUUAUUUAUUAAUGAUGUAAAGUUAUUUAGUGCAA